AGAGAGAGAGAGAGGAGAAAGAGAGAGCGAGAGGGAUAGAGUAGGCAGGGAGGGUGGGCUGUUAAGGAAGAAGUUUCCGUUCCACACACUGACAGAGCGGCAGAUAAGACACACACACACACAUUCAGAUACAAUGUUACAACCAGUAAGCCUGCUGAUUGGCCUGCUAUGCCUCAGUCAGGUGGCUGAUGUGCGGGGUUUUGCCCGUCUCAUGGAGGAUGUGGAGCUACGCUCUGCUUUCUCCGUGGCUCGCACCAGCAGCAUGGAAGGUGGACCCAAGAUGACGGUGACCUUUGAUAUGACUUAUGUCAACAUUGGUGGGGACUUUGACCCAAAGGCUGGCACGUUCCACUGUCGCAUCCCUGGGGCUUAUUACUUCUCCUUCACUGUUGGGAAGUUCCCACACAAAGACCUUUCUGUGAUGCUGAUGAAGAACAGAAACGAGGUGCAGGCCAUUGUCUAUGAGGAGAAUGCUGGUGAGGAGAGAAAGAUGCAGAGUCAGAGUGUCAUGCUGCAGCUGGAGUUUGGUGACACUGUCUGGCUCCGUCUCCACGGUGACCCUCGCUACGCCCUCUACAGCAACACUGGACACUACACUACCUUCAACGGUUACCUGAUCUACCCAGACGUGUACGAUUACCAGACGCACCACCACCAGCAUCAACCCCCCUACAACUCCCAGCAGCCCCAGAGCAACAACGUACAACUGCUCAACAGUAAAAAGGCAACGGACGAAGACAAAACUGAAUCACACGGUGCAUCACAGGAUGUGAAUCUGCAACAAAGGCAGGAGGAGGAGGAAGAUGAGGAGAAGGAAGAUGAAGAGGAAGACCAGAGAUCGGCUUUCUCUGUCGGACGCACAGAGAGCAUCCUGGGAGUCGAUCAGGAGGGCUUGCCUCAGCACCAGCCCGUGAGUUUCGACACGGGGUUCGUCAACAUUGGAGAGGACUUUAACAUGACAGAGGGGAUGUUUACUUGCCGCAUUCCUGGUGCAUAUUACUUCUCCUUCAACGUGGGUAAGCUGCCUCAGAAGACGCUGUCUGUCAAGUUGAUGAAGAAUCGUUUGGAGGUGCAGGCCAUGAUCUAUGACGACAGCCAAGGAGAGAAAGCUCUUCAGAGUCAGAGUCUGAUGUUGUCACUGAAGCCAGGAGAUACGGUCUGGCUCUACUCACACCAGAAAGAUGGAUUUGGAGCCUACAGCAACCACGCCAAGUAUAUCACCUUCACUGGCUUCCUGGUUUACCCAGACUUCCCCACAAGCAACAGCCAAUCAUAUGAACACAAAAAACCCUAGCUUUAGCAUAAACACUACAAACUGAACAUUGUGGUACGAAUUCAUAAACGAUGAACAGUCUCUUCAUCCUGUAAAUGGCGGACAGUGAUCAGUCCACUUCAUACGAGUCCCUUCACAAAGUCACAAAACACCUGUGAUGAGCUCAGAGAUUCUAUUUUAACUUCACUGUAUAGUUUGUCAGGAUAUUACUCCUCUGUGGAAUGCGAAACCUGGAAUGAUAUCAUUGUGAACCCUUAUUGAAUAUUUCACAGUUUAAUGAAAACAGCCGUCACCGGCUCAGCUCUGUGUUAAACCAAACCUCAUGGGUCUCUGUGACCGAGAAAUGCACCAGGAACAUUUUCCUGUGAGUCAAAAAUGGCGUCUAUUGAAAGAAUGUGAGACAAAGUCUGAGUGUGAGUUUGAUUAUAAACACUACAUAAACACUUUGUCGCACUAAAAAAAAACACCACCAAGCUGAGAAGAUGAUAAGAAUUUCCUUUUCCAUUGAAACAUUCCUUUAAGCUUCAACAGUGUUUCUACUUCUGAGUACAAACAGUCUCUGAACCAUGUCGGUGUCUCUGGAGGCAUGUGAAAACGAGACCAACAGUGUGUUUUGUGUCAAAAUGAGUCUUGUUUUCUUCAUUUUGAAGUCUUAUCAUUUUUAUACCUGACCUCUGCAGGAGCAGAGGACAACAGGAACAAACUCACUUGGCUCUUGAAAACUGCAGACAAUUUUCCAGUGCAACUUUUGACCACAUGUCGCCUCUGAGCCUGCAGGGAUCUGUAACGUAAUUUGAUUUGUAAUUCAAGCAGCGAUUAUUUAAUUUUUUCAGAUGGUGUGCACUGUGGGGGAAAUUGAAUUGCGUCUCCCAGGCUACUGUAGAAUGCAUGCAGGUUUAAUUUCACACUGCCAUGAGAAACAUGAUGUUGUGGAAAUUGCUAUGAACAUUAUGACAUUUUUGGUUGAAAUGAAAAAAGGAUACUUGGAUCGCCUUUUGCUUCAGAAUGACCUGGAUUUAGGCUAAUGACUUAGGUUAAGAAUGUAUGAAUGUCAACCUAAUUCCUAAUCUGACCUUAGCACAAAAAGCCAGUCAAUGUGCUCAGCUUGUUGCUAGCUGUUAUUUACAAAGAUAAUACAAAGAGUUUGCAUUUUAGUGGAGUAAACAGUAAUGUGGUCUCUGAAGUGAAAUCAUCUUUAAAGAACAUGCAGCCAUGCAGAAUCCAAAAGUGACAUUACAUGAACAUAGAUGUUAGUGUGUGCUCAUGCAGAAUGCCAUUUUAUAAAACUACACACUAACCACAUGCCACGUCUGCUAGCAGAAAUCCAACUGAAGAUGGCAACAGAGGCUAAUGCUAGUGGUUUCUCUGCUCAGUCACAGGGUUUGAAAUGACAACAAACAUCAACUUAACACAGGAAAUGUUGUAAAGUCAGUGGCAUUGCCAGGAAUAAUGGAAAACAAUUGACUCUGUUAGCCAACACAUUAUUACUUUAGUGCAAUUUCUGCAAAGAUUAAAACAUUUCUAACAAACACUGCACCGCAGUUUUACACGAUUCAUGAACAUUUCAAUGUCACCAUAUAGUCCACGUGCUACGCCAACUUUGCAUUGACUUUGACUUUCUGGAUGAUGUAAAACACCAGCGUGUCUAUGACGUCAACACACCAUUAGAGCUGGUCUUGAAGAGACUUAUUUGUAUUGUAUUGUAUUGUACUUCAGGAGUAUUUAUCACCAUGUUGCUACUGACAUCAAACUAAUAAUGCAGGUAUCAAUACAUCACAUUCACUAGGAUAUUAUAAAACUAAUCUUUAGAAGUUGACAAGACAAAACAUAUCCACAGUAUUCACCAUAUUAGCAUUUAGCUGUACAUUUUAGACUAGAUUUAGGCUUCCAGUGAUGCUGGUGCUGACUUAAAACAGAAAAAGUGAAAUGUUCCUAAGACAGUCACUGUCAGCAAAGUUGCAAGACAAAAAUUUAAGUGGCAUCAACCUGUCAAGAGUACAAGAAAAGACACGUCAGUGUGGCAGAAGAGUAAAUGAGGUGACAGAGGAGGUGAAAUUUAAAGGGAAGAUUCUGCAGGAUACAGAGUGAAGGUGAAUGUGAUUUGGGUUUAAUGUGCAGUCAACUGUGCUGCUAAAUUCUACCAUUCACCUUUCCUUCUGUGUCAGAAAGCUCGAGCUAGAAAGAAUGUAAGAAAAACCCUGGUGACAGAUUUACUGGAGGGGGGAGAGGGGACAACACUCAGCACCAGAACACAUACUGCAUACCUCUGUAAAUGUGCAAAACAAAUGUUAAUAUUUGUUUUUAUUUCAGCUUUUCUGAAUUUGCAUGAUUGAAAGUGUCAGUCGCUUGUAUUAAUGGGUUUUUACUAUUGAAUGUACCUUCCACAAAAAUGGUAAUUAAUUAAGAGGAUUAAUCUGAAAA